CUAAAGUUCUUUAUCUAUAGUUCCUAUAGAUUGUAUAUGUGUUUUGUGCUUUGUGUAGAUAUUGUAUGUGUUUCACUCCUUCCCUGGAAGAAGGGUACUACUUUAUUUUUCCAAGCAAGCGCAUAAUUUUCGUCUGACUAUCAAAAUCAGGAUAUUUUUGCUACCUUCAUGUAAUAGUGACGAGAAAAUUCACCAAUGUACAACUUAAUUUUGUACAUUUUCUAUAUUGACUUUGACACGUUUUACUUUCUCGAACUGUACUGUCUCCUAAUACGCUCUAGCAGUGAAGUUUUUAUACACUUGAAAGAGAGGCAGUGCCAUAGCCAUUUUAUAGUGAAUGAGCUGCGGGGGUAAGCCUUUGUUUUGUAAAGAGGAGGACAAUAGUUUAUCAUUUAAAACAAUGGAAAGUAACUGGGGCCGGAGGGGCAAUUGCCCCCUCCCCUAGUUAGCACGUUAAAGGCCCUAGGCUAUGGAUUCUAGGACGUCCCGAUAUUUUGAGACUGACUUUUUCUCAUUAUCUUUGCCGUUAAAUCGAAAGAUAUCUAGUUGGAUUGAAGUUCAUCUAAUUCUUUAGGAUGACAGAAAUUGGAAGGUGAUUUGAAUUCAGAUCAGGGUAUUAAUCUCUUGUGGUAAAUCUUAAAAGUUAGGUAAUCGCUUAAAACGAUAUAUUUCGUCAGGGACAGUAUUAGACUUAACGCACGCUGUCGUCAACCGUGGUUUCUUUGUUUUGCAACCAACGCUACAAAUUGCUUGUCUGACGCAAUAUCGAUUGCUUUGUUUUGAUUUGUACUUAGAUCUAUUUUAGCUUUAGAAAAUUACGUAAUGUUUGGUUUUGUUUUGACCUGGUUUCCAUGACCAGGGCUAUUUAGAAAAUUGUAUAAAUUGAGCGCAACUAUCAGUAAAAGUUAGAGAGGGUUUGAGGUUGCCUCACGUAAGAAUGUCAUUCUGUGAGCAUAAUAAUCAUCAUAACCAACGAAAAUUGAUCAAGGAAAUGAACAAUAUUUGAAAUGGAUGUCAGAGACAGUGCCAAAGUGACUUAAACUACUGCAUUUAUACAUUAGCCAAAGGUUAAUGUCUACGAUGAAUGGUCAAAUCCAAAUGCCAAUGACCGAGACCAAGGAUCAAGUCUAGAAUUCAUUGCAAAAGUUACUUUCUGGUCAUGUAAUAAAUUUACGAAUUUACGUGUCUGUUAGAUUAACAGGCUACGUGCAAAGCUUUGUAAGCAAAGAUGUAUUUGUAGCUCUUAGCUUAUUGCGGUAUUUUUUAUUGUCGACUUCUUUCCUUUGUUUCUUUCAUUGUGAUCUUUUCUUGACCUCUAACUGUCAACUGAUUUAAUCUGUUGGAUUUUGUGUACCAGAAAUGAAAAGGAAUGCAGGCUUUUGAGCGAGUGGAGCGUCGUAGUGUAACUGCUACCCUAAAUACCACUCCGGAGUAAAAGUUACUCCGCUUCGAUAGCAAUCCGGUAUAGUUGGCAAAAUAUAAGUUACCUUCCUAAAUUAAGUAGAUUUUCUAAAAUUUUAGGUUUAGUUCGCCAGCUUCGGAAUUUCCCGUACUGAGCCCUUAUGCGGAAUCGUCUUUUUGCCUUAUGCCCAAUGGUAUAGAACCGCCUUCGGCUUAUACCGCAUGAGUGAUUUUGCCUCACUCGAUGACAAUAUGACACUUCUAUAUCAUUGACAGACAAGGUGCUCUUUGGACCUAAAAGAGGCUAAGAAACUCGUUCGCAGACCACUCAUUUGCUGGACAAAAGAAAACUAUGGCGUCUCACUAGGCCUUCAGUGAAGAUAAGUGAUUUAUCGUAAUGUUCCCGGUAAGGAGCAGUGAAUUGAUAUAUAGAGCUUGACUCUAUUAUUUUGUAUUGCCAUAGAGGACCUUCAUUUGCUAUAGUUGCGUAAGGUGGGAAAAUAUUAAGAUCCUGUUGGCUAACCUUGGAACCGUAAAGCGAAUUUUUGCAGAAUUUGAAGGCUGUCGGCAUUGAAACGAAAGAAUAGCUGCAGCUUUGAAUAGAAAAGAAACAUGUUUUCAGCUUUAAAGAAAAGACUGACAAGGCAGGAUGAUUCAAAGUUAUCUCCAUUUCCAAGUGGUGUUGGUGCAAUUGGGCAAGCAAUGCAAACCAAGUUUGCCAAAGGAGUGCAAUAUAACAUGAAGAUCAUAAUAAGAGGCGAAAGAAACACUGGGAAAAGUUGCUUAUUAGCAAGGUUACAGGGAAAGCCAUUCAACGAGGCCUACAUUCCGACACAAGAAAUUCAGGUUGCAAGCAUCAACUGGAAUUAUAGAGGUGGUGAUGAUAUUGUAAAAGUAGAAGUAUGGGACAUUGUAGAUAAAGGGCAAAAAAAGAAAACCAAUCAAAACACAUUGAAGCUCACCAAUGAAUCGUCACAGGAUGAAGGAGAUGGCCCAGCUCUUGAUGCUGAAUUUAUUGAUGUUUACAAAGGAACACACGGUGUUAUAAUGGUAAUGGACAUCACAAAGCCAUGGACUUGGAAGUACGUUGAACGAGAGCUUCCAAAAGUGCCAAAUCACAUACCCGUGCUUGUCAUGGCUAAUUUCAGAGAUAUGGGUGAACACCGUUUAGUUGAUAGCGAAACGAUGUGUGCUCACGUGGAACAUAUGGACAGACCGGUUGGAUCUGCUGAAGUGAAUUUUGUUGAAUCGUCGUUGAAGAAUGGAUUUGGCCUACGAUAUCUUUACCAGUUUUUGAACAUGCCAUUCCUGAUACUGCAGAGAGAGACACUUUUGAGACAACUCGAAGCCAAUGCCCUUGAAAUUGAGGAAACAAGGGAAAUGCUCCUUCGAGAUGAAGAGAAAGAAGAACAGAAUUUUGAUAAAUUUACACAAUCCUUGGCAAACCGGAGGGCAAAAACCGCAGGAUCAGUUACCCCAUCAAGCGAAACAGACGAUACAGCAUCAGAGGCAUCCCCUAGCAUUUCAUCGAGCAGAAAGAGUGGAGCGGAAAUGUCCCCUGCUGAACGCCCUGUGACGUCAUUACCACCGCAGAAUAUCAGACAAUCUGCUUUAACGACUGAAAAUAAAGUGACUAACGACAGAAAUUACUCUGCCAGGGUUGAAAAGCAGGAAGAGAAGUCAUGUUUAGAUGAUGAUGUUUUGUCACCAACAUCUGCGAACAAUAUUCACGAGUUUAGUCCAGAUACAGACUUAGAUCCAAAUUUCUUAGACGUUACCGAGAAAAAGAAGCGCUGGUGGAAUAAGAAAGAAAGCAAGAAAAAGGAAGCUGAAGUUCCAUCUCCAGCUGCGAUUUCUGAAGACGAAAGUGACGAUGAAGGUGGAAACCCGUUGGUUAUGGACUAUCAAGAUUUAGACUCGGAAGACGAAAAACAAUCAAACGAAGAAUUAAAUCCUGCUCCAUCUAAUAAUAUCGAAACAGACAGUGAUAAUGACCUUGACAAUGUUAGUGAUGAUCAUGACGUCACUCGCCCCAUUGAUCAUAGUCAGAAGGGUAGUGAUACGGAAUCAGAUAAAGAAAACCCUCUUGUUAGCGCCCCGGUCGAUUUAGAGUCGUCAGAUGACGAGAUUACAAGCGAAAAGUUGGACCCACCAGAGCAAAACAUUAUUGACAAGCAUAACAACGUUGGAAAAGAGAUUGAUUCUGGUACAAGACCUGGCACAAGAAAGAGUACAAAGAAUCAACCAAAAAGGGUUAGUUCUGAUGAUAAUUCAAGUAGUGAUGAAGACGAUGCUGGCCCAAAAUACGAAGUCACCCCAGAUUUUGACCUUGAUGACGAUGCAGGUUUGAAUAAUUGGCUCGGAGGUGAUGAUGGUGAAAAGAAUAACAAGGAAGCAACGAGAGUUGUAGAGUCGAGUAAAAAGAAAACUCGCUCUUCCGAUUCUUCCAGCAAAGAUCCAAGUAAAGGGGAUGAAAACAUGGGCAAAGAAAGGGGCACAGAAACAGGCCAGUCCACAAUUUCAAUCACCGCAGAUGAUCUGGAUAUGUUUAUGAAUGAGCAGAUGCGAAAAACGUCAAUUUCACAGGAAAACGAAGAAACUGAGAAGAAAAAGACGCGGAGAAAGAAAGAGAAACAAUCAGGGGAAGGGGAAAAGAAGAAAAAGAAAAAGUCUACAAAAGAUCGGGAAAGUAAGGACGAUAAUGAACAUGAAAAGAGAAAGAAGAAGUCAAAGGACAGGGAAGGAAAGAAAAAGAAGUCAUCAAAACGGACAGAACAGAACAGAAGUGAAUCAGAGCAGGAUUAUGAGUUGCUGUAAAAAAUCGUCGCUUUUACCCGAAUUGAAAUCGCGAUCAAAUUGAAAAUCUGUAUUUAGGAAGGGGUAAGCUGUUGAGGAAUCGCUUGAAAGAAAUUCAUAUUCAGCAUGUACGCUUGAACACCGUACAAUGGGGUUAUGGAGGAAAUAUCAUCCAAACUAAUUCACCAGGGAAUCUAAAAAAUAAGAUGGCGGGCAAAUGGUAGAAAAGGCAGCUUUGAAAAGGGGUCACUGACAAUACAGGUUAUUUAGAGUGCGAUGAGAGAAAAAUCAGAAAUUAAGAGAUAAUUUAAAGUUCAAGAGUUACCAGGAUAAAAAAUAUCACCACGGGAAAAUUCUUGCAACAUCAACCCCCAUUUGUGACAGAACGCAUUCAUUUAUAAAAAGAGGAUCACAAUAUGCUCCGUUGGGUAGGGAGGACCAUAGUUAGCAAGGUACAUUUAUUGUUGACAAAGAGAUAUGCUACUAUGCUGUAUUUUUAGUUGGUCCAGUGCUUCUUAAUGAUGCUCCCAAGUGCGUCUGAUACAAGAAUAAUACCACUUAGAAUUGUUUCAUCAAGCCUCGCCCUAGAGACUGCAAAGUAAUAUUUAAUAUGAUGGUGAUACGUAAUAGAUAAGCCAGUUUCUCGUGUGGUAGAAAUCAUUUGUGCGUUACAAGGUUUUUGUGCUGAAUUUAUUCAGAAGUUGCUGAAAAUUAAUAGCUUUAUCUCCUAUAGGAAAGUUUAGGCCUAAACAUUACGCAGUGUAAUCUUUUGGUGUUCAGGAUCCAACAUCAAGCUUUUCCUUGUUUUGUUUAAUGAUGUUCUUAACUUUAUAUUGCUCAAAGAUUUUUCAGCAUAUUAAAGAUUUAGAGACAAAAUCAUGAUGUAGAUUUAGACUAGAUAGUUUAGACUUUCUGAUCGUAUCUCAAAAGUUAUUUUUGUGUACUAAGCUAAAAUGAUAGAAUAUUUAUAUUGAUAAUCCCAAUACGAAUGCGAAUUCUUCUUUUAAAAUAGUUAUACGGCGUAUCAAGGGUGGGUGAAUGGAUCUUUCCAGCUUCUAUUCAGCUUCGUUUAAACAUUUGAUGGUAGUGUCUUUGUUUGAAUUAAAUCUUUGAAAUUUG